ACUCAACCCAUGACAUAUUCGCAGGUGACGACAAAUUUCUUCAUGGGAUUGCCUGCCAAGGACGGUUGUAUUGACGCGGUAUUUAUCGUCAUCGAUAAGUUUACGAAGAUGGCCCACUUCGCCGCCUGCAAGAAAAGCAUCUCGGCCGAAGAAACAACCCGCCUCUUCAUCUCAAUCGUCGUUCGCCUCCACAGAAUCCCAUCCGCCAUCAUUUCGGAUCGUGACACGAAAUUCACCAGUAACUUUUGGCGCAACCUCUGGGAACAGUUUGGCACGCGGCUACAUUUCUCCUCCGCCUACCACCCCGAGAUUGACGGACAAACUGAACGGGCCAAUCAGACAAUGGAGCAGCUAAUUCGCACCACCUGCGAUGACGUGGCUGAUUGAGUUGGCGUAUAAUAACGCACCGUCAUCCAC